CUCAAAAUCAUUCAAACCUCAUUCACUCUUUCAGUUAUCUUCCUCUAAAGCCUUAACAUUCACUUUGCUAAAAAAAGAUGUUUUUUUCGCUCUUUCUUUUCUUCAUUUUAGGGUUUCUUUCCUUCUCAUUUUUGUCCUUCUCCGUAAAACUUCAUCCCAAGUUCCGAAAAUUCACUCCCAUCUAUGGCCCUUCCUCUUACCCCAUCCUUGGCUGUCUUAUUGCCUUCUACAAAAAUCGCCAUCGACUAUUAGAUUGGUAUACUGAACUCUUGUCAGAAUCGCCUACACAAACCAUUCUAGUUCAACGCUUCGGUGCCCCUCGAACCAUAAUCACAGCCAAUCCAAAUAACGUUGAGCACAUUCUCAAAACAAACUUUAUUAAUUAUCCAAAGGGGCAACCCUUUACAGAGCUUCUAGGCGAUUUUCUUGGGCGUGGUAUCUUCAACGUGGACGGAGACCUAUGGAGCGUUCAGAGAAAAUUAGCUAGCCACGAGUUCAGCACAAAGUCAUUGAGGGAAUUUGUGGUGAAAACUCUAGAAGAAGUUGUUGAAACCAGGCUCAUUCCUUUACUAAACCAGGCUGCAAAAUCUGGCAAAGUGUUGGACAUGCAAGACGUGCUUAGGCGUUUUGCCUUCGACACUAUUUGCAAGGUGUCAGCCGGUACAGACCCACAUUGCUUGGAUGAUCUCUCCAACGUUCCAACUCUCGUAGAAGCGUUCGACACCGCUUCUCAAGCGUGUGCAAUGCGCGGGAUGGCCCCUAUAUACGCGAUUUGGAAAAGCAAGAGAGCGCUCAAUAUAGGAUCCGAGAAGAAGUUGAGCGAAAAUGUAAAGAAAGUUCACUGUUGCAUCAACGAGAUCAUAGAGAAAAAGAAACAAAAGAUCAUUAAUGAAACUGGAGAUCAUAAAAACACGGAUCUUCUUUCCAGAUUAUUAAUUGCAGGACACGAAGAUGAAGUGGUGAGAGAUAUGGUCAUAAGCUUUCUCAUGGCGGGAAGAGAUACUACUUCUUCCGCAUUGACGUGGCUUUUAUGGCUCACUACCAAUCACCACAACGUCAAAAACGAAAUGAUCAAUGAAAUAACGUCUAUCAACAACGGCGAUAAGGCCCUCGAAUUCGACCACUUAAAAGAGAUGAAGUAUUUACAAGCGUGCUUGAAUGAAUCAAUGAGGCUUUAUCCACCAGUAGCUUGGGACUCUAAGCACGCGGCUAAAGAUGACAUUUUGCCUGACGGAACAAGGGUUCAAAAAGGCAAUAGAGUUACUUAUUUUCAGUACGGAAUGGGUAGAAUGGAGGAGAUAUGGGGAAAAGACCGGCUUGAAUUUAAACCGGACCGCUGGUUCGAUGAAAAUGGAGUGUUGAAAAGUGUUUGUCCGUACAAGUUUCCAGUGUUUCAAGCAGGUCCAAGGGUGUGUUUGGGGAAAGAAAUGGCUUUCACGCAGAUGAAGUAUGUGUUGGCUUCGGUUCUUAGGCGGUUCGAGAUUAAACCGGUUAAUGUAGAUAAGCCGGUUUUUGUGCCUCUUUUAACUGCACACAUGGUUGGUGGUUUCAAUGUGAGAAUCUAUCACCGUGGUAGCGAGCGGGUGAAAUAAAAAUAUUACUACUAUUAUGCUGAUUAAUUAGCAUUUGCUGCUUGUUAUAUUUUUUUGCAAAUGUAAUAUUUAAAUUAACGAGCUAUAUGAAUAUAUAGCUCGAAGCAUGCUUGUGGUUUUUUCGAAGGUCCUUGAUGAUCAACGUUUAUUAUAAGAUAGAAAUUUGGCAUUCAA